AAACAAUUCUCACUCACUGAUUUACCUGUUUUCGAUUUCGACCGGAUCCGCGUCGGGCGGCUGCACUUUCACCUUCACCUCGGCCAUGAGGGCGCUGGUCCCGGUCCCUGGGGGAAGAGACGGUCCGGAAAGCCGGACAGCAAGUGGGGGAACCCUGGAACCUAUGAAGACAGCGCCCGGCACAUGGGCCUUCUUCCUCGUGUCGCAAGCGGUCCUUCUUUGCCAGUCGCCUUGAGGUGGCCAAGCCGCGCCUGCGCCGCUACAAAUUCUUAUUCUGGUUUUUCCAGAAUGUCAGUGCCUGUCGGACGAACAAGCCUGGUUCCCCUAUUCUGAGUUGGGACGCCACCUUGUAGCACUUUCCAACCUCUGAGGGGAAAUGACGGCUGGUUCAGUGUGUGUCCCUCAAAUCAUUCCCCUGCGGGUGCCUCAGCCCGGAAAAGCCAACCAUGAAAUUGAUAACAAUACGCUUUUGGAAAUGAAAUCAGACACCCCAGAUGUCAACAUAUAUUAUACCCUGGAUGGCAGCAAACCUGAAUUCCUAAAGAAAAUUGGUUAUGGUGAAAACACUACGUUGAAGUAUAUGAAGCCUAUUACUCUGCCUGAUGGAAAAAUACAAGUUAAAGCUAUCGCAGUGUCUAAAGACUGCAGACAGAGUGCCAUGGUAACAAAGGUGUUUCAGGUGGACUAUGUACUGCCAGAUACAGUCCCUUCAGAAGACAAUGUGGAAAAUGCUCUCAAAGACCCUCCAGAGCAGGAACUGAAAAAUGGAUUUGUUGAAUCAAAAGGGAGGAAGAAAUAUAAGAAUGUUGAAAAUAAACUGGGUUGGAAUGUUAACCUUGGAAAGUUUCCAGACAUGGGUGAAAGAACUGACCCUAAAACUUUGAAAGAUCUUCGGUUCUCAGAAAGCCCACGGGAAACCCCAACUUUCCGUGAAGAAUCAGGUUCUCGACUAGCCACCCAGCAGCCCCAGUUCCCUGGUUUUGCACAUAUAACUGGCCAGAAGAGUUUGACAAGCACAGAGAUCAUGAGGAUUCAAAGGGAGACAGACUUCCUCAAGUGUGCCCACUGCUUUGUGCCCCGCCCGUCUGACCCCUUUGCCCGCUACUGUCUAGAAUGUGGCUCUUCUGUCCCGCCCAUAUUUGGCUGUCGUCUCCCACCCCCAGAAGGAGCUCAGAUGGGCUUAUGUGCAGAAUGUGACAACCUGGUGCCCGUGAAUACGCCCAUCUGUGUGGUCUGUGAGGCUCCUCUCACUCCACAGCUGCAACCACAGGCCAGCCUCCGCUUGAAGGAGAAAGCAAUCUGCCGCACCUGCGGCACAGGGAACCCUGCUCACCUGAGAUACUGUGUCACCUGUGAGGGGCCCCUGUCUUCAUCACAAGAGCCUGGCGUUGCAACUUGCUACUCCGUUUGUUGUAAAUGUGGAGCCAGCAAUCACCCAUCUGCACGAUUCUGUGGCUCCUGUGGUAUUUACGUGAAGUCCUUGGCAAGACCUAGUGUGGAGAACAGCUUGGCUCCAGCUGCUGGAGAACCUGGCCCUUUUGCUGAGCCUCAAUCUGCCUGGCAGCCCCUAAAUGUUCCUUUUCCCAAGCCUGAUGCUGGGCCUAAGAAGGAUGUGGGCACACAGACCACUGGCCUGUUCUACCCGUCUGGGACCCUCCUGGCAAAAAAAGAACUGGAAAUGGCUUCUCAGAAGCAGAGGCAGGAGAAAAUGAGUGACCAUAAACCUCUCCUCACAGCCGUCAGCCCAGGGAGAGGAUACUGGAGAAAACAGGUGGACCAUAUCUCCGCUCACCUCAGGUCUUACGCUCAGAACAACCCUGAAUUCCGGGCCCUGAUUGCAGAGCCCAGGAUGGGAAAGCUCAUCUCUGCUACCGUCCAUGAGGAUGGCUAUGAAGUUAGCAUCAGGCUGAAUUAUAUUCAAGUCUCAAACAAGAACCUUUACCUGAACAAGGCGGUGAAGUUCAGCGACCACUUUCUGAGCAGUGUCACCGAGGGAGGGAACGGGCUUUUCGGCAGCAGGUCCAACCUGGUGAGUGACUACAGCCAGAGCACCCCAGACACCACGGAGAAGGUCACAAGGACCAAGAAUUUCAAGACCAAAACGUUUCAAGAGAAGCAGCAGCAGCUUACGCUGUUAGAGUUUUGUUCUUCACAAUUAUGGAGCAUGAAUAGUUUUAACGGGAGCUUUGGAGAGACAGUGGGUGCCCUUGCUCACCCACCACCUUGCCCGCCGGUCGGCCGUCUUCGGCUGUGGCAGCGAGCUGGAGGUGGACACAGGCCUGAAAACAGGCUUCUGCUGAAGGAAGUCGGACCAGCAGGGGAAGGAAGAGUGUCUGUGAUGGAGCAGCUAUGCGAUGAAGGAGCAGAUCCCAACUGCGGUGACAACGAAGACCAGCCCGUUCUGAGCCCGGCGGUCACGAGCACGCACCACGAAGCGAUCCCGGUUCUCGUGCAGAGGGGAGCGGACGUGGACCAGCAGUGGGGCCCAUGCAACGCAAGCGUUCAGAAGAAGAACGCGAGAGAGCAGACGGCGUAUGACCUGGCCCUGGAAACUGGGGAUGAUCCCGUCAUCUCGCUCUUUGCUGCUAAGCUCAGCCUGGAUGACCGUUAGCCCUGAGGGCCCCGCAGGCUUCCUUUAAAGAAACCAUCCGGCUCUGGCUGUGCUUUGUUCUCUUCCUUCUGAAAUGCGUAUUUGAGGUUUGAAAACUGAGCUCGAGAGGCACUCUUAAGCUUUUAAAAGUUACGUGACAGUAUAAGCCCCCAACACCCCAUGAGUGUUUCCCCAAAUGCCCUGGAGAGUGAUGAAUGUAGUGUAUGCUCUCAGUGGUGCAUUGCUGCUUGUCUUAGAAUUUGCUCUUUAAUUUUAUUUCUCAGUAGAUAACAUUACACACGGUUCUAAGCCAAAAGGUAUAAAAUGUUGUGAAGUCUCCCUCUCGUCCCUGCCCCACGAUCACCCACGUCCCCUCCACAGAGGCCACCAGUGACAUCCGUGUCCGUCGUGUCUUUCCAGAAGUAGUGUAGGAUUAUAUAAGCAAAUGUACGUAGUAUAUGUAUGUGUUCAUACAGAGGACACGUAAAAUAUAAGUAGAGGUAACACAUAUAUUCUGUCCCCUUGUCUAAGACAAAUGGGGGAAGCCACGUACUGUUCUGCAUGUCGUUUGCUUAAUAUAUCUAGUAAGUGGUUCCAAAUUAGUGCAUAAAGAUUGAGCUUAGUAGAAUUUUUCCUUAUUAAGCUAAACUCAUCAAUAUUCCUGUUGUUACGGCUUGUUCUUUGGUUGACACGUAAGCUUCGAAUAAACCAAUUGCAGGAAUGUGUAA